AUGACCAGAUUCUGGCUUUUCAUUUUACCUCUUUUGGCUUUUGCUCGGGCCCAAGAGCAAAACCAAGCAGUAGCCAACCAAGCCGGGCCCCACAUUGUCAACUCUCCGAAUGCACUGUUCCAGGCACGAGCCACGGGGUCUGUUCAACUGGAUCCAUGCCAGUAUAUGCUUCAAAUGUUGAAUCAAACCAACAAGGAUUUGAUGCAACACGAGGAGAACACGCUGGAACAGUGUUUGUAUUAUUUCCUUGCCGGAGAAAGUGCGAAGAAAUUGGCAAGACUCAAUAUCCCACACCCAAUUGCUUCAAUCCCACCAAACUACGUGAGCCAACAACCAGUAACCAUCAACUUUGCUCAAUUCACACUUCAACACUUUGAAUUGAACGAGCACUUGAAAGACAUCUCCAUCCACGGAUAUUUGGAGCUCAACUGGCAUGAUGACCGCCUGGUCUGGAGCCAAGAUACCUGGAAGAAAAACAAGCUCGUUGUUCACAGCUUCCACCACGUCUGGGUGCCACUUCUCGGAUCGCAAAAUCCGGAAAAUCAUUUGAAGAACGGAGACGCAUUCGAAAUUCGCAAAGUUGAGACGACGAACCAGGGAAAUGUCACCGCCAAAGUUGCAUUCUCGUUGAGAACGUUCUGUGAUGACACUGAUUUUGAAAACUACCCAAAUGAUGAAGUCAUCCAAUUCACGUCAUCUGGCCUUCCAAUCUUCACCGAUCCAAAGAACUUCCGUGAUUAUGGUUGGGGAGUCUCCGGAACUGUCCCUGAAUCUUUCGACGACCCAUCGGAAAUUGCUCAGCUCGGAUUCUGCUUGAACUUGAAGAGAGCUCAUAGCUCAUUGAAGGUUGAGCUUGCCAUCCCUCUUUUCAUCACCACCGUUCUCUUCCUCCUUCCCCCACUUUUUGGAAGUGUCAAGAUUCAAAUUUACAUCAAAAUGUUCGUGAUGGGAUUGCAAUUUGUGACACUUCUCAUUUUCUCCAUCCGCAUGGCUCCAUUCUUGGGAAGUACAUCUGCUACUCCAAAGCCAGUACGGUACUUGGAAGUUGCACUUGUCUUCAAUCUGAUUUCCAUCACCACCUCUAUUGUUCUAUUCUGUUGUAUGCAGGUGAAACGUACACUUCCACCAUGGGGAAGAGUUACACAAUUCGCCAACUUCAUCAACGGAUUCCUUGGUGUGCUUCAUAUCACUGGAAUUGAGGAUAUCAAUUUAGAGAAGUAUGAUGAACAAGUAGCUCAAACUUCGUACCAGAAGGAUUGGAACAACGUGUUCCGUGCCGCUCACGCUGUUUUCAUGGCUGCUAUUUCGGCUAUUGUGAUUUUCGUGUACAUUGUAUAUUGCCUUUGA